CAGCACACACAGUGAGGUUUUUGAAUUUAAUGGAAGAAAGUUCUCUAAGGACAGAAGGUGGUGGACCUCAGUGGGUUAGUCCCAUCGGGUCUCUUCACUCACCCGGGUUCAUGGGUUUCAUGCCCAAAUUGUCAGCUUUGUCCUUGGAGAACAACACGUUCUCGGGCAUGAUACCGAUCCAAUACGCAUUCAAGACGUUGGUUCCGGUUACAUUUAGAUUGGGUGUCCUUUAA